AUGGACGGUCUUCCGGCGAUAGUUUCGAUCCUGCUUGUAUUUCUAUCAGUAGAACCCGCUCUGGGACAAAAAAACGACUCGGACAUAAUUGAAGAAUUAAAGGAACUGAAACACAAACUAAAUGAUGUGGAAAAUCAAAUGACUAAUACCACAGGCAAACUUCAGGAGGAUCUGAAGGACUUGGAGCAGAGAUUGAACGCCACAGAGAAACAGCUGGAGCACGUAAAGACCAGGCUGACAAUACUGGAGACGGAAAAUAAAGACCUUAAAACAAGGUUAAAUGCCACCGAGAAGGAUGUUGAAGAUCUGAAAAAGAAUGGCAGCGCAGGACCAAAGGUAGCCUUCUCAGCCUCUUUGACAGCUUCUGGUGAAGUUUACAAAGGCCACAGCAAAAAUGAACCCACACUGGUGUACAAACGCAUCUUUGCAAACAUGGGCAAUGCUUACAAUGCAAACACAGGUAUCUUCAAGGCACCAGUUAAAGGAGUCUAUUUCUUCAGUUUCAGCACGUUUGGUUAUGGAACCCACCUGAUGGGUGCCAUUCUGACGAAAAAUGGGCAUCACAUGGUCUCAUCAUACGAUCAUAAGUCUUCAGACUCAAGUGAUACUGGCGGAAAUGCAGUGGUGCUGGUGUUGGAGGCAGGAGAACAGGUGGCCAUGAAACUGUGGGAAAAUUCCCAAGUGUUUGACAACCUAAAUGGCCAUACCACUUUCAGUGGUUUUCUGAUUUUCCCUUUGUAA